AUGCUCAGGAGGUCCAUUCCCAGGGGUGGUCGGAGUUGGCAGGCCCCCUGGCUCCUUACCUCUUCUCGAAUUUUCUGCCUCUGCCUCAUGGUCUUGUUGGGCCGGGUCUUGCUUCAGGGGCACCCCCAGUGCCUGGAUUAUGGGCCCUCCUUCCAGCCCCUCCUGCACUUCGAGUUUUUCUAUGAGUCCUUUGGCUGUUGUGACCAGUGUAAGGACCACUGCAUUGCUGCCCGGUACUGGGACAUCAUGGAAUACUUUGAUCUGAAGGGCCACGACCUGUGCAGCGGUUACAUUAAAGACAUCCUUUGCCAGUAGUGCUCACCCUGCACAGCCCACCGCUACGAUGCCGAGAACCUGCGGACGCCCCUCCAGAACCUUCCCGGCCUCUGAUUCCACUCUAACUGCCGCUCCGCAGUCUCCCUGCUCACCAAUGACCGCCGCCUCCAGGAAUCCCAUGAAAAGGAUGGCGCGCGCUUCUAACAGCUCCUCAACCUUCCCGACAAGGACCACUGCUUCCCUAACGUCCUGAGGAGUGACCAUCUCAACCGCAACCUGGGGGUGGUGGUCGAGGACCCUCGGGGCUCUGUGGCCAGCGGGCUGAGGAACCCAGUCUCCAUGGUCCACGCUGGGGACAGCACCCGUCACCUCUUCGUGGCCGAGCAGGUGGGGGUCUAUCUGCCUGAUGGGAGUCGCCUGGAGCAACCCUUCCUGGACCUCAAGAGCAUCGUGCUGACCACUCCCUGGAUGGGGCAUGAGAGAGGCUUCCUGGGGUUGGCUUUUCAUCCCCAAUUCCACCGCAACUGCAAGUUAUAUUAUUCGUGUCUGGGCAAGAAGAGGGUCGAAAAGAUCCGGAUUAGAGAGAUAAAGCUUUCUCGGGCAGAUCCCAACAAAGCUGAUCCCAAAUUGGAGAGAGUCAUUUUGGAGAUAGAACCAGCCUCAAAUCAUAAUGGUGGACAACUUUUUGGCCUGGAUGGCUAUAUGUACAUAUUCACUGGGGAUGGAGAACAGGCUGGGGAUCCCUUCAGAAAGUCUGGAAAUGCUCAGAACAAAAGUUCCCUGCUGGGAAGAGUGUUAAGGAUCCAUGUGAAUGGGGCAGGCUCAGGUGGCAGGCGGUACUGAGCGCCCCUGGACAAUCUCUUUGUUUCUGAGCCAGGGGCCCAUCCAGCCAUCUAUGCCUACGGGAUCAGAAACAUGUGGUGCUGUGCCGUGGACCGAGGGGACCCCAUCGUGAGCCAGGGCUGAGGCCGGAUGUUCUGUGGGGAUGUGGGACAGAACAGGUUUGAAGAAGUUGACAUCAUUGUUAAAGGCGGGAACUACGGCUGGAAGGCAAAGGAAGGGUUUGAAUGUUACGACAAAAAACUUUGUCACAACGCCUCUCUGGAUGAUAUUCUGCCAAUCUAUGCUUAUGGCCACACAGUGGGGAAAUCUGUCACUGGAGGUUACGUCUACCGUGGAUGUGAAUCCCCAAAUCUCAACGGCCUCUACAUCUUCGGGGACUUCAUGAGUGGUCGACUUAUGGCUUUGCAGGAAGAUAGAAAAACCAAGAAAUGGAAGAAACAGGACAUUUGCCUGGGCAAUACUGAGUUCUGUGCCUUCCCAGGGUUGAUGAGCACAUACAGCAAAUUUAUCAUCUCCUUUGCUGAAGAUGAAGCAGGGGAGCUCUACUUCCUGGCCACCUCUUACCUGAGCGCCUACACACCGCAUGGAUCCAUUUACAAAUUUGUUGACCCAUCGAGUCUUGUACCUGCAGGCAAGUGCAAGCCAGUGCCGGUGAAAACCAAGAGUAAGCGGGUCCAGUUCAGGCCAUUUGCUAAAAUGGUCUUGGACUUGCUAAAGGAGCAGUCCGAGGAAGCUGCUAGAAAACUGUCCAAUGCAACUUUAGCUUCCAGUCCAGACCGGGCCUCAUCUCAGAAAGGCUCCUCCAAGAAGCCGGCUUCUCCCACAAGCAGCAGGAAGACGUUUCCAAGGCCUGGUGCAAAGCAGAGAGCCAGAGCGUGGUCCCCAGGCCCCCAGGGGAAGAGGAGGAAGAGCCCGAGAUGCCCCCGAGGUAGAGGCAGGUCGGCACAGUGGAGGCGAGCUGGCAGAAGUGUCCCUCUGCCUCUUUGGUCACGGUGGCAGGUCAGGGGACGAGUGCCCAGAGAACCACCUUGCCAUGCGGAAGCUGCUACUGCUGAAGGUGACCUUAGACGCAUGGGAAGCCGGAGGUGGAGGUGGGAACCGGCGGAGAGAGCUUGA